CCUUUACCCCCUGCGGAGAGAGGAGAAAAGCUCUCCCGGGAAGAAGACGAAACUAAAACUACAUUUCGAGAAGCGAAUUUCGCAGUAUUUUUGGCGGGCGAUUUGGUUGAUUUCUUCUGAUUUGUAAGAUUAAGGAUCGUCUCAGGAUUCUUUGGUCGCCGAAGAGUAGCAAGAGGAAGAAGAAGAGGGUGUUUAGAAAUGUCAGACCUAGACCGGCAAAUAGAACAGCUGAAGCGCUGCGAACCAUUGAGCGAAUCGGAGGUGAAAGCUCUUUGCCUCAAAGCCAUGGAAAUCCUCGUUGAAGAGAGUAAUGUUCAAAGAGUCGAUGCCCCUGUCACUUUAUGUGGUGACAUCCAUGGGCAGUUCUAUGACAUGAUGGAGCUUUUUAAAGUUGGGGGUGAUUGCCCUAAGACCAACUAUUUGUUUCUUGGAGAUUUUGUUGACCGUGGAUAUUACUCGGUUGAGACAUUUCUACUUCUACUCGCUCUCAAGGUUAGAUAUCCAGACCGUAUAACUCUCAUCAGAGGAAACCACGAAAGCAGGCAAAUCACACAGGUUUAUGGAUUUUAUGAUGAGUGUGUGCGUAAAUAUGGCUCUGUGAAUGUCUGGAGAUACUGUACUGACAUUUUUGACUACAUGAGUCUUUCAGCUGUUGUUGAGAACAAGAUAUUCUGUGUUCAUGGCGGUCUCUCUCCAGCUAUUAUGACUCUUGAUCAGAUCAGGACGAUUGACCGGAAGCAAGAAGUACCACAUGAUGGUGCCAUGUGUGACCUCCUAUGGUCUGAUCCUGAAGAUAUUGUUGAUGGCUGGGGAUUGAGUCCACGUGGUGCUGGAUUUCUUUUUGGCGGCAGUGUUGUCUCGUCUUUUAACCACACAAACAACAUAGACUACAUAGGCCGAGCGCAUCAACUAGUUAUGGAGGGUUAUAAAUGGAUGUUCGAUAGCCAGAUUGUGACAGUGUGGUCAGCCCCAAAUUACUGUUAUAGAUGCGGUAAUGUGGCUUCGAUUCUAGAGCUCGACGAAAAUCUCAAUAAAGAAUUCCGUGUAUUCGAUGCAGCACAGCAGGACUCGAGAGGGCCUCCCGCCAAAAAGCCUGCCCCUGAUUACUUCCUAUAACAGGCAAGACCUCGAAAACACUACUCCCAGCUUAGAACUAGCAUCGAUUCAGCCCCCUUAAAGAGCAAGAGAAUUGCAAUUUGUUACGGUGUUUAGGUUGCAAUGCAGAAGAAUUCUAUACAGCACAAUUGUUUUAGGCGAGAUCUACCAAGGCUACAAGUACUGAUGGAAUUGGGGUUGUCUUAAAAAAUAUUGUUGUUUCCUGUUCUUGUGUAAUGGUAGUUAAGAGUGUUUUUGUGUGGUAGUUAAAAUGUGUAUUUUUUCCGUCAAAACUCAAGUUAAUACAUUUUGUAGGAGAUCAGACCUCAGGCAUUUUUGGAGCUCACAAUUAUUUCAAU